AUGCUCCUAGUUACAGGAAGCACCACAAUAGGUUCCCUUAUCAAAGAAAAGGCCUUGAUCCUGUAUGAGAAGAUACUGCGCAUUCCCAUGGACAAGUUCUUCAGCACCUAUGAGAAUAGACCAAGACAUCUGAAAACGCCAUCUGGUCUAAUACAGAAAGCCAUAGAACUGAAGAAAGCGUUACAAAUCGAUGGCAAUGAGAUUGCUGACACACUUGCUAAGAAGGGGACAACGAUUUUGCAAUGCAUGGACCGGCAGAUGUCUUUCCACACUAUGAAGGCCUUAAUCAGGAGAGAAUUCCAGAACCCAAGGCUCAACGAACUCAAAGCUCGAACAAAGGAGAAACAGUGGACAGUGGCACUCUCCAACAUACCCGACUGGCCAAGAAUCGAAGCCGUUGCUGGGUUCAGACUACGUACCGGACACGAUUGCUUGGAAAAACACCUUCACAGAUUGGGAGUAUACACUCAACCCACAUGCCCUCUAUGUAACCUACAUGAGGAAAUGGAGAAGACCCACCUGAUUCGGUGUCCAGCUCUAAAGACAAGGACGGAAAGCCAAAGAUACUGGGAAGCAAGAAGACUGCUAAUGAACUGCUAUUAA